CUGUGCGGGAGGCAAAGCAGCACUUCUCCAUUUGCACAGUGUUUUGCAAGGCAAGAGAGCCUCCCCUGCUGCUCCUUUGCUUUCCUUUGAACGCUCGGGCCUUUCAAAGGGAGGUCGGCGGCGUCACGGAGUUACUGGCCUUGAGUCAGGUUCUCUUGCAAAAUCAUGUAAAAAACAAAAACCCAAAAAAGAGCAAACGGUCAAGCGGGACCUGUCCCUGUUCCCACCAGGGGCUCUGGGGAAGCAGCCCCGAUUCCUAGGGAUCCCUGCUGGAGGACGGAAGGUCCGACAGGAGUCCAGCUAUUGAGGCAACCCCGCUUGGAUUUGAACAAUAUGGAUGUCCCAUAUUGUGCCUGUUGGUGGCCAAACAGGGAAAUGAUGGAGAUUGCUUUUAAAAGACCCGUAUUUCUCGGCCUACUGAAAACCAGACUGGAACCCUAGUUGCCCCUGUGCCAGUUUUCACGGUCCAAUGCUAGAAUGGAGUACCCCGGACGCUCCAGUACCUCCGACGUGAUGGAUGUGUCAUCUGAUGACAGAACAAAGGAAGCGAGCUCGGACCCGGGAGAGGCCUUGAAACAGACUUGGGAUCCGCUUGCAUUUUCUGGAGCCUGCCGGGGUGAAGAUGCCGUUCCCCCUCCUUCUUUGGGUCUUGUACAGGACAGAUUGGGGGGUGUUCUCUGCAGAAGGGAAACCCCCUCUGAGAAAUCCAUUCCAGUGUUAAUGCAGAAUAAUCUUGAACUGCUGCACCCUGAACUGGGCUUGGACUUCUCUGAGAGAUCUGGCCAGCCUUUCGAGACAAUAAAAAACUUGAAAACUCAGGAUACACGUAAUAAUGACGCUACCCAGUCUGUUUUUUGGGCUGGUAUCCUGCAAGCUCAGUUGUGUGUCUUAGAUCUUCAGGAGGAGUUGGAUAAGCAGGAAGAAUCUCUGCAGGCUCACAGUGUGAAUUCUGAAUCCCUGGACUCAGCUACCAUCAACAAUCCUUCCCUCCUGGCAAGUGAUAGUGAGGAGGAGCCAGAAGAGAAUUUAGAGAAACAGGAGGAGGAAGGAAGUGAGGAGGAGGAGGAGGAAGAGGAGGAGGAGGUUGAAUACUUAUUUUUCAAUAAUCCCCUCUUUCAGGAAAGUCCUCACUUAACCAGAACUUUUGAAGGACAAGUUCCAUGGUCACAAUCGGAAGAAGAAACGUCCACUGAGAAUUACAAGAAAGAUGGCAAAAGUGAAGUGGGCUCUGGAAACCAUCACGGUGACUUGUUUUCCCAGGCCAAGGUGGCAAUAAGCCCUGUGGGCAGGCGUUAUUUUUCUUCAUGUGGUCCAGAUGCUAACGAGGACACAUCCACCUGUUCUUUUCCAAGUUACGUGCCCCAUUAUCGUUCCUUGUCCCCACUGAUAAUUACAGAAAGAGAUCUUGAAAUCACCUGCUCUUGGGAUGAGAAUUCAGAGGCGGAGGGCUGUUUCCUGGAUCCCCUCCAAGGGGACGUUCUGGAAAGCAUCACUCCAGAGCCGCCUCCACCUGGGUAUCUGCCGGCAGAAGGCCUGCUGUUCUCCACCUCCGGCCCUUCCCUGAUGUCUCCUUUGCUGCAAGAGUCCACGCAGAGCUGCCCCGCUGCCAGGCCUGCGUCUCCAGGGACGAGGGGCUGCGUCCCUUCCAGCGUCCAGGUCCCCUCGGCUCCUGCUGCAGGGCAGAGUCUGCAGCAAGAGAGGUUGGAGCCACGAGCCUCGCCCCGCGGCCACCCUCCUUCGCCUCCCCGCACCUGGCUAGAGGAGCCUGAAAGAACUUCCUCCCCGCAGAAGGACGUCAGCGGAGCAGAUGUGCUCCCCAGCCCGCUCUGUGGUGCAGAGCGGAAGCCGCCGAGCUCAGUCGAGAGAUGCAGCAUGGUGGAGCUGCCAGCUAUGCAAAGCGACGGGAGGCCGAAAGGCAGAGGAGAAGAGCCGGCAUUGCACUGCCAUGAAGAAGCUGGAGGGGAGUUUGGCGGAACGGGGCAGAGCCCGCCUGCCAAGGUCUCCGCAGAAGCCAAUGGCAGCCUGCUCCUGGCAAACGGCACCUCGGGAGACCUGGCCGCAGCCCAGAGGCUGGCAGCUCGCCUCUACCACCUGGACGGCUUCAGGAAAUCUCAGGUGGCUGCCUUUCUCCAGAAGAACAACCCCUUCAGCCAGAUGGUCGCUGAGGCCUACCUCUCCUUCUUCCACUUCUCUGCCAAAACUCUGGAUCAGGCCCUGAGGUCCUUCCUGAAGUCCUUUGUGCUCACCGGGGAGACUCAGGAGCGGGAGCGGAUCCUGAUGCAUUUCUCUCAGCGCUACCAUUGCUGCAAUCCAGAGGCCUCGCUGAGUCCAGAUGCCGUGCACACCCUCACCUGUGCCAUGAUGCUCCUCAACACCGACUUGCACGGGCAGAACAUUGGCCGGAGCAUGAGCUGUCAGGACUUCGUUGUGAAUCUGACAGGCCUCAAUGAGGGCAACGACUUCCCCAAAGAGCUGCUGAAGGCAUUGUACAGCUCCAUCCGCCAUGAGAAACUGGAAUGGGCUACGGAUGAGGAGGACGAGACGGUCGAUGCCAAGAUCCUCUUGAGCCCCACCAACAGCCAGAGGAAAACCAACCCUUUCCUGACCGUCUGCCAGGACCAGGGGGCAAAAGUGUACCAGCAGGGCCUCCUUGCCCGCAAGGUCCACGCGGAGGCCGAUGGCAAGAAGACUCCCUGGGGAAAGCGAAGCUGGAAGACUUUCCAUGCUGUGCUGAAGGGGACGGUGCUGUACUUCCUCAAGGAUGAGCAGCAGUCGGAGGUGUCUGGCUCGGAGGAGCUCAUUGGCAUACCUCAUGCCCUGGCAGAGACAGCCAGCAAAUACACCAAAAGGCCAAAUGUCUUCCGGCUCCAGACUGCAGACUGGCACAUCUUCCUCUUCCAAGCCCCAACUUCCGAAGAGAUGACUUCAUGGAUUUCUCGCAUCAACCUUGUGGCAGCCAUGUUCUCCGCCCCACCCUUCCCCGCAGCUGUGGGCUCCCAAAGGAGAUUCAUAAGGCCCAUUUUGCCAACCGCUCCCUGCAAGAAUUCCAUAGAAGACCAGCACCUGGCCCACGAAGCCUGCAUGGACAGGAUGUCCCACGAACUGCUGGAGCUCCAGCGGAAUCUGCCCGAGAAGCGGGGGAGGGGGAGGGAUCUGGAGGAGUACCAACUCAGGAAGGAGUACUUGCUCUACGAGAAACGCCGCUACGAGACGUACGUGAAGCUCCUGGAGGUGAAGCUUGGCUGCAGCACAGAAGACCUGGACCAAUGGGAGGCCCGGCUGGCAGCCGUGGCCGAGACCUGCCCCAGUUUGCAGAAGUCCCACUCCAGCCCUUCCCUCAACGUGGAUGGGCCUCCUGCGGGGGGGGCCAAGGUGAAGCGCAACAUCUCCGAACGCAGGACUGUCCGCAGAAUCAUUCCCAAGCGCAACAAGCACUUGCUAUGACCGGCUCGGCUCUCCUGGCCCCUCUGGGGAUGCAGGAGGAGGACUGGCGGGGGGCGGUUGGCUCAAGCCAGGACGGUCAGCAGUUGCCUCGGCUGGACGCCAGGUCAGGUCUCCAUCCGGGCGAGCUCAGCGCCAAGAUUCUGGCCCGGAGCCCCUUUCGGCCGCCUCCAGAUUCUCGCUCCGGAGAUGCUUUUGGGCAGUGCUCUUCAGCUCUGCUCCUCGACCCGACUUGCCUCCCCUUCAAAAUCUUCUCUGGCGCUACUCAGGGCAAACCGGAGGUCUGUGUGCAAUAAAAGGAAUAGGAGGGUGAGGAGCCUGGACUCUU